CCAGGUCUGUCUAUGGCCUGCCCCCAGUCUACACUCCACCUCAUGUCAUUGCCUGGCUGGCCAGACUAACUGACUACCUCCCUGAGAGUGACGCUGCAGUCGAGACCUGUGCUGCAGCCAUGGGCUCCCCGACGCUGCUAGUGCUGGCCCUGGCCAGCCUGUCUCUGCUGGCCACACAGACAGCCGGACAGUAUGAUGAAGGGUAUGAGUAUGCCUAUUACGACUACACUGAAGCACCAGAAGCAGAGAUGGACUUUGAUCUGAGCUGGCUGACAGAUCUAUUAGUAGGCAUCGAUGAAUCAGAUGAGUGCAAUCCCAAUCCCUGUCUGAACAAUGGGGUCUGUGAGAAUUUAAACCGUGGAGGUUAUCAGUGCCACUGCUCACCACUCUACAAAGGCAAAAACUGCCAAAAAUUCGACGAUCCCUGCAAGAAUGUCAAAUGUAACUCUGGAGACUGCGUCCUGACAGCUGACAGUCCGUACCACGAGUGCCGGUGCAGAGAACCCUACAAAGGAUCCACUUGUCGCAAAGCUGCCCCCUGUAGGCCGAGCCCCUGCCUGAAUGGUGGAAGGUGCGAGAAGGGGAGGGGCCGCACGAGGAGCUCCUUUGAGUGCCAGUGUCCCUCUGGCUACAGCGGAAAGCUCUGCCAAGUCGGGCCCAGUGACUGCUACAGUGGGAAUGGGGAGUCGUAUCGAGGCUUUGUGAGCGAGACGAGUGACGGUAAAGACUGUCUUCCCUGGAACUCCCACCUCAUCCCCUCAGCCGUCAACUUGACCCAGCACGACGAGGAGAGCGGGCUAGGACCUCACAAAUACUGCAGAAACCCGGAUGGAGACGUGUCCCCCUGGUGCUUCUACAAGAAGAGGGACAAGCUGGACUGGGAGUACUGCAAUGUCAAAGAGUGCACAGCAAAACCUGACCCCGAAGUGAAGCCCGACGUCAUCCCUCCCCCUCCCCCUCCGAGUCAGGACUUCGGCCAGUGUGGUAAGCCGGAGCCGGUGCGUGCAGCUGCCAGGAUCUUCGGGGGACGCAAAGCGCUGCCGGCAGCCUAUCCUUGGCAAGCCUCCAUUCAGGUGCGUACGCGGGGUUCCAGCCGUCCGUUUCAACACAUCUGUGGUGGCAUCCUGGUGGGCUCUUGCUGGGUCCUCACGGCUGCUCACUGCCUGAAUGAUAUGCAUGAGAUGCAAGUGGAGCUGGGCGGCGUGGGGCUGGAUAAGGCCGAAGACUCGGAGCAGAUCAUCGCUGUGGAGAAGGCCAUGAUGCAUGAGGACUACAGGGAAUCACCCGACGCACUGUACAACGAUGUGGCCAUGUUGAAACUGAAGGGCCCUAAGGGCCAGUGUGCCAAGGAGACGAGGUACGUGAAGACAGCCUGCCUGCCCACUGGACCCUUCCCAGACAACUCAGAAUGCACCAUAUCCGGAUGGGGCAAGACAGAGACAGGUGAAGCAAGCAAGCAGCUCCUGGCCGCCAAGGUGCGCCUCAUCCCCAUGUCCAGCUGCUCCGCCCCUGGUGUCUACGGCAACCGGCUGGACCAGAGCAUGUUCUGUGCCGGCUUCCUAGAGGGAGGAGUCGACUCCUGCCAGGGUGAUUCUGGUGGGCCCCUGACGUGUGAGAAGGAUGGUACACACUACGUGUACGGAGUAGUGAGCUGGGGAGACAUGUGUGGCGAAAAGAACAAGCCAGGCGUGUAUGCUCGCGUCAACCACUUCAUAGACUGGAUCGCUGCUAAACUACUGACAGAGUAACAGGAACAAUCAGGGUGUGUGUGUGUGUUUGUGUGUGUGUGUGUGUGUGUGUGUGUGUGUGUGUGUGUGUGUGUGUGUAUUCGACCACCCUACAGUAUGUGUUGACAAAGCUAUGUUUGUUUCAGUGACUAAGUCAUCGAUUCCGACAGGUAUUUUGUCAAUCAACAAUUCUUAAGUCAAUCAACAGAUGAUGUGCUCGCAAAUGGAGUGUUUACACUGUGUGUGUGUGUGCGUGUGUGUGCGUAUGUGUGUGUGUGUGUGUGUGUGUGUGUGUGUGUGUGUGUGUGUGUGUGUGUGUGUGUGUGUG